AGACUGAGGAAACCCCUUUCCCCGAACGAGCUGGAUGAAAAUGCCCCCUUUCUGCAAUACGCUACCUGGUCACCAGAUGGCACUGCCGUCGCGUUCGUCUAUGACAACGACAUUUACUAUAAGCCGAAGGUGGAAAAAGAUCUAGUGUGCAGGAUAACCAGCUCGGGACAAGCGGGUGUGAUAUUCAACGGCAUCACAGACUGGUUAUACGAAAGCUACAUCCUGCACAAAUCAGGCGUGGUGUGGUUCUCCCCGGACAGCGUGUACCUGCUAUACGUGACCUUCAACGACACCAAUGUCGGCGAGUACAAGUACCCGUGGUACGAUGGGGAAGAGGGGCAGUCCGUGUAUCCGAAGAUCAGGUCGUUCAGAUAUCCGAGGG